AUGAUCCGACCCGUGGACAGGACGAUGGGCCCCGGGGUGUCCGAUGCGCUUCCUCGUGCAUCAAGCAGCAGCUCUCUCAGCGAGAGAUCUCCUCUGCUACGUGCACUGGAUCAAGUUGCUUCCUCUUCCUGUGAGGACUUCUACAUGUCCAUGCCUGCACUGCCGAGCGAUAGCGGCCGCCUCUCGGACAGUGGCCAGUUCCAGCCGCUGAUCUUUGCCGAGAAGGCGCUGGCAGCGCUUCUAAACGGAGUGCUACUCUACGCAAUGGGCUGUAUCGUGGGUGUAGCACUCGUGUCUCUUAAUUUUGAGGGCGUGCUGGGGUCACGCGUGAACUGGUGGCUGGUUUUUCUGCCUUUUUGGCUGGCGAAUGGCGCCAUACUGUACGCACACGUGACGUCGACUCGUCACGCUAUGACGCUCCGGAGAUGGGCAGAAGUCGAGUCGAUGUCGAACGAGCCGCUGCUGCCGCUACUGCGACGGAUUGUGCUCGUUUACGCCAUUAGUUUUCCCUUGACGCUGCUCUUACUCUGGAGUGAGCUGGCGUUUUGCGCUAGUUUGCAGCACCACACAUCCACAAGUCUCUAUUUCUGCUAUGCACCGCUGAUGGUAAUUCAAGUGGCAUUUGUGGUUCGGUACCUGCUCUGCCGAUCGGACAGCACACUGCCGGGAAUAUGCUGGACGUUGCUUUUCGUUUUUACGUUACUGCUGGCAUACCAGUCUGACGUGCAACGUCGAGUUGAGAUACUAGAGAUGGCACGGCCAUCGGUGUCAUGGUGGCUUGUGUUCGCACCAUUUUUCGUCUUUGAACUGCUUAUGGCCGGGUCGUUACUUCUUGUACUGUACAACGAGUUCUCAGGUACUUACCGGCUUACCCGGUGGCAGCUGGCGGCAAGUGUGCUCUAUACCCUAGCUUUAGUAGCGGGUACCAGUGGUGAGCUUAUGCUGCUGGAGCGAGUGGAUUACCAUUGGGGUACCUUCACCGUCCCGUCAGGCAUGAUGUUUUUCGGAUUGGUGUGUGCGUGUGUGGCCAUGUAUAUUGUAGGUCGCCAUCAUGUGGAAGAGCUCAUGGCUUCCAGGGGUGGUGCAGUGCCUGUACCGCUAACGCGGACAGCAGACGGAUGGAUUACGAGUCAUGCCGUUGUGGAGCAGUGGGUGCUAUUGGGAGAUAUCUACCUGACCCCACAGGGACUACGAGUCCGCAACCGGAAAAAGCGAAGUACCUUCGGCGUCGAGUCGGAACCAGCAGGCAGCCGCAUCUUGCGGCAAGUGAAAGGUCUUUUGACUCGAGCCACGUCGGAAGAAAAUAUUGGUGACAAUGAUCCGGAGCAUCGCAUUUGUAAGCUGCUGCGAAAGACUUCCGGAAGCUACAGUGACAUCACGGUGGAGAUUGUGGAUACACCAAAGACAACCAAUAUUUCAUCUCACGACCGUUAA